AUGACAACCUCUGUCAACCGUCAACACAUCGCUACCUUCACAGCCCUGAAGCUUGCCAAGCAGUAUCUGGAUUCUACGUCUCCAUAUCUUUGGACUAGCGACUACUACUACCACGAGAGUACGCCUUUCCUCGUUGGCGGGUUCUUCGAAGUCGUGUCACUGGUGGAGCACCGCCUCGGAGACCUCGUGAAGAUCAAGUUCCCAGAAGAGAUUCCACGAUGCGACAAAUUUGACGCUUCCAAGGCUUUUAAGAGUCCGCUCGCCUCUAUUCGAUCUAUAGAUCACAGGCAUGAGGUGAACGAGAUCUCCUCCUGUACACAGCUGUGUUUAGAUAUUCUUCGUCAGCAACAGAAGAAAUAG